GAGCAAACCAAAGGAAGCUCCAAUUCCUUUAGUUUAGGGCCCUUUCUUCAAAUGCUUUGCUUGGCAGUUUGCUUCGCUAUCAAGUAUGGAAUAACCAUAUUGGAUGCGUCAUAUUGAUGCCUAAUAGACGAACUCAAAGCCUAUGUGGAUGUUCAUUCAAAGGGUGCUUUCUUAUGGUCUCAGACAGUACCAGCCAACUGCUAUACCCUGUUUCCUUCUUGUCUGAGUUUUGAUCUCGUGAGUUCAGUGAGCAAGAGAAAUGGCAGAAUCCGUGGUGUCAUGUUUGCUUGAGAAGCUUUCUAUGUUGGUCGAGAAAGAGGUGAAACUAUUGAAAGGGGUACGUGGAGAAAUUGUACUCAUCAGAGAUGAAUUUGAGCGCAUGAAGGCCUUCUUGGCAAGUGCCGAGUCGUCGCAAGAAGAUGACCCUGAGUUGAAGGUAUGGGUGAAACAGGUCAGAGAUGUUGCAUACGAUGUGGAGGAUAUUCUGGAUGAAUUCAUGCUCAACUUGGCAAGAGAUCACGGACAUGGGUUCAUGAGGUGCUGUCACAAGAUCAAUUCAUCUAUAAAGAACUUGAAAGCACGCCAUCAUAUCUCCUCCAAUAUAGCUGAUAUCAAGUCAAGAGUCAGGAGCAUUGCCGAAGGGCAUCAGCAAUACCAUUUCAAGUCAUAUUGCACAGAGGAAAGGGCAAGCGCAUCCACCAGAGGCACCUCUUGGCACGAUCUCAGGGAGGACGCUUUUCUUGUCGAGGAAGGUGAACUGGUGGGGAUUGACGAGCCGAGAGAAAAGCUUAUUAAAUGGCUUGUUGAUGGAGAACCCAGACUUGAAGUUAUAUCGAUCUUAGGGAUGGGGGGUUCAGGGAAGACCACUCUGGCCAAAAGAGUCUAUGACGAUCACCGAGUAAAAGCCUACUUUCAAAGCCAUGCAUGGAUCAGUGUCUCACAGUCUUACAAUAUUCAGAAUAUCUUGAGGGACAUAAUUGCACAACUACAUGGAGAAGUUCAGCAACCGGUCCCCCAAGGAUUAGAAUCCAUGAAUAGCAUGAGGCUCAAGCAGACACUGAAAGACUUUCUGCAGCAAAAGAGGUACGUCAUUGUUCUAGAUGAUGUAUGGAACUUGGAAGCACUAGAAGGUUUAAAACAUGCAAUGCCUAAUCCUAAUAGCAGUUUCCAUAGCCGAAUGAUAAUCACCACUCGCAUAGCUGACAUUGCUACUGUCUCAUCCAACCCAUCAAAUGUUUAUACCCGUAAGCCCUUAUCUCCAGAAGAAUCACGGUCCUUAUUCUGCAAGAAAGCCUUCCGUGGGGAACCCUGUCCUCCUCACCUAGAACACUUUUCUCGACAGAUAUUGAGAAAAUGUGAGGGUUUACCACUUGCCAUAGUGGCAAUUGGUGGUCUCCUCUUUGCAAAAGAUGUCCAGGAAUGGGAGAUGAUUACUGGCAGCCUUGCUGCAGAACUAGAAAGCAAUGACAGGUUGCAAAUUUUCAGGAAAAUUCUCAGCUUGAGCUACAGUGACUUGCAUUAUAACUUGAAAAGCUGCUUUUUGUACUUGGGAGUAUUCCCAGAGGAUCAUGUGAUUGAGUGUAGGAGACUCUUCCGUCUGUGGAUUGCAGAAGGAUUUGUUGAGGAAAGAGAAGGGAUGACACAAGAGGAGGUUGCUGAAAGAUACCUGAAGGAGCUUAUAAACAGGAGUUUGGUGCAAAAUGUAAAAACAGGUUCAGACGGAAGGCUAAGGCAUUGUAGGGUGCAUGACCUAACGCGUGAAUGCAUCCUUUCUAAGUUAAGGGAUGAAAACUUUGUUUCGUUCGCAUCUGAGCAGAGAAAAGAAUUGCACGAAAGAGUGCGGCGUCUGUCAGUCCAAUACACCGGCAACAUCGUACUGAACCAGCUAAGCCUCCCCCGCCUACGCUCUCUGCUCAUUUUUGAGUUAGGGAAAUCGUCUAGCUCUGAUGAGCAAUUCUUCCCAAGUAACUCUAAGCUGCUGAAGGUGUUAGAUCUGGGAGGCUCAUCCCUUGACAAGUUCCCCCGACAAAUACCAGUUCUGUUCCACUUGAAGUAUGUAAGUUUGAGAAGGACCAACGUGAGCAUCAUUCCUAGGUCAAUCGGGAAACUGCAAAAUCUGGAGACUCUGGAUCUUAAGCAGACGUUGGUCUCUGAGCUGCCUGUGGAGAUAACCAAGCUCAAGAAAUUACAGUAUCUAGUGGUGUACCGUGAUUCAGAGUUCACAAUUCCUCAACCCCUCGGUCCUAGAAAGGGAAUUUCGGCUCCCGAGGGCGUGGGAGCGCUAAAAUCACUGCAAAAACUGUGCUAUGUGAAAGCUGGAGGUGGUCGGAGCAAGAAUAUUAUGCAAGAGCUGGGAGAGCUAAGUCAGCUAACGAGGCUGGGCGUAACGGAGUUGAAGACAGACGAUGCAAAGGAACUAUGCCACUCCCUCGAGAAGAUGACCAAGCUUCGAUCGCUAGAUGUGAUUGCAGAAAGUGAGUCUGAAGUUAUUGAUUUGGGUCUUCUAUCUUCACCUCCCCUGUUCCUUCGGUCUCUAUGUAUCGAAGGAUGUCUAAAGAAGGUGCCUCAAUGGCUUCCUCUGCUGAACAAACUGACCAGAUUGCGUUUGGGAUGGAGCAGAUUGAAAUCGAGCCCCCUAAUUGCUCUCCAGAAUUUGCCCAAUCUGGUGGAUCUUUAUCUACAUAAUGCCUUUGAUGGGGAAACAUUGGUUUUUGGAGAUGGAGGGUUCCCAAAGCUCAAGGAAUUAGCCCUCGACUGUCUGGAAAACCUGAGAUUUGUGUCGAUGAAUGGUCGGGCAAUGCCUUGCCUACAGUUUCUCCGCAUUGCCGGAUGCAGGCACUUGGACUGGCAAUCGUUACUGGUUGUCAUCCGCGGCCUCGCGAACCUCGAGGAGCUCGAAUUCGUUGAGAUGCCAGAAGAAUUUGCUCUUGCGUUCUAUCCGAACAGCAGAAGCAGACCGAGGGAGGGUAUUCUGCAAGAGUGCUACGAGGAGGUGAUGGGACGUAACCCAGAAGUUCGCUUCUUCUGGCAGAAAGGGGAUCGCUGGGAGAAACAUGAUCUCAGCCUCGAUUCCUAUAAUGUCAUCCAGGAUAGGGUGACGAGAUGA